AGCUCAAUAGCGAGACAGGGGCGCCUCGCUCGCUCAAUAUCAACCCAGGGAUCGCCGGCCGUGCUUAAGCCGCCCAACCUUGGGAUUUAAGCAGCAAAGUUUGGUGAUCCUUGAUGCCGAGACUCUCACUGAGCAAACUCAACACCUGUGACCACCCCGACUCGGGAGGUGUUGGUUUCCCAAAGUAUUAAACAGGAAGAAUUUGUCACAUUGCAACACUUGAAUUCUCACUAUUCUAAAAUAAAACCAUGAAGACUGCAACAUCACUGACUGGAACUCUGGGCACGCUGCUCUUUUGGAAUAUUAUUAAUCUGUGGGGCGUGGGGGCUAAAGUGAACAUUCCCAGACUCAAGCUGACUUAUAAAGACCUGCAGACUGCCAAUAGAUCUGUUAUCUUCUUUGGUCACCGUGGCUUCCUGGAUUUCCGUUCCAUGUUUCUGGAUGAGUAUCGCGAUGAGCUGUUCAUUGGAGCCAAAGAUACCUUGUACUCCCUUCAACUUGACCAGCCAGCCAUUGAUGCCAAGGAGAUUUACUGGCCUGCGCUGCCCGGUCAAGAGCAGGAAUGUGCCCUCAAGGGAAAAGACCCAUUUAGUGACUGCGCCAACUACGUGCGGGUUCUGCACCCGUACAACCGCUCCCACCUGCUGGCCUGUGGGACGGGUGCAUUUGAGCCGCUGUGUGCCUUGGUGUACAUGGGCCACCGCGGGGAGCGCGCCUUCAGGAUGGAGGUCAACAGCGUGGAAAAUGGACGAGGCAAAUGUCCUUACGACCCGAACCGACCUUUUGCAAGCAUCUUUAUUGGUGGUGAGCUAUACUCGGGCCUGACUGCUGACUUCCUGGGGAGGGACCCCGUCAUCUUCCGCAGCCUGGGGUCUCGCUCCGCAAUGAGGACUGAGCUGGACCAGCGUCUGUUGCAAGAUCCCAAGUUCGUGGCGGCUCACCUCAUCCCGGACAACAUUGACCGCGACAACGACAAGGUCUACUUCUUCUUCACCGAGAAAGCGAUGGAGUCAGAGGGAAAAGCGCGAGCCAUAUACAGCCGGAUCGGGCGCAUUUGUGCAAAUGACGCUGGAGGCCAGAGAGCGCUGGUGAACAAAUGGAGCACAUUCAUCAAAGCCAGGCUGAUUUGUUCUGUCCCAGGACCUGACGGAAUCGACACCCACUUCGACGAGCUUGAGGAUGUCUUUGUCCUAAGGACCAAGGAUGAGAAGAAUCCUGAAAUCUAUGCUAUCUUUAGCACAAUAAGCAACGUAUUCCAAGGCUACGCUGUUUGUGUGUAUCAUAUGGCUGACAUCCGAGAAGUCUUCAAUGGACCUUACGCACACAGGGAAGGGCCUGAUUAUCAAUGGACGGCCUUUGAGGGCAAAGUGCCCUAUCCAAGACCUGGGUCUUGCCCCAGUAAGAUAACCACCCAGCCCAGUCGCCGAAACACCAGUACCAAGGACUACCCAGACGAUGUCCUGCACUUUGCCCGGAGCCACCCACUGAUGUACCAUUCUGUGUAUCCAAUCAACCAGCACCCUGUGCUCAUCAAGACCAACGUCCAGUACAAGAUGACCCAGAUAGUCGUGGACAGAGUGGAGGCAGAGGAUGGGCAGUACGAUGUCAUGUUCAUUGGGACAGAUACUGGAAUGGUACUGAAGACAAUCGCACUGCGGAAGGGGAACGCUGUGCAGAGUGAGGAAGUCAUUCUGGAGGAGCUCCAGGUCUUCAAGGUUUCAAAUCCCAUCACGGCGAUGGAGAUCUCGGUGAAACGGCAACAACUGUACAUCGCCUCAAGAGUGGGGGUGGCCCAGCUGAAGCUCCAUCAGUGCGAGACGUACGGCAGUGCCUGUGCUGAGUGCUGCCUGGCCAGGGACCCUUACUGUGCGUGGGACGGCAGCACAUGCACCAGAUACCAGCCCACGGCCAAGAGACGCUUCCGAAGGCAAGAUAUCUGGAACGGGAACCCCAUUCACCAGUGCCCGGACCAGAAUUUGAGUGUGGAAGAGUUUGACAACGCGGAGGAGAGGGUGGUCUAUGGGACGGAACACAACAGCACCUUUCUUGAAUGCAUUCCAAAAUCUCUUCAGGCGUCUGUCAAAUGGUUCAUCCAGCGAGCUGUGGAUCAGAAGAAGGAUGAGGUGAAAACGGAUGAGAGGAUCAUCAAGACUGAACAUGGUCUCUUGUUCAGGAAGAUUUACCGGAUGGAUGAAGGCACGUACUACUGCCAGACCAUGGAGCAAGGCUUCACCCAGACGGUGACCAAGAUCUCUCUGGAGGUGCUGGAGAACGAGCAGCUGGAGGAAAUCUUCAACCGGGACGACGAGGAGCGCAGCAACCGGCCCUGCACCCCUCAGCCGCGGAGGCCGCACAGCCACAAGCCCUGGUUCAAGGACAUCAUGCAGCUGAUCGGCUACUCCAACCUACACCGGGUGGAGGAAUACUGCGAGCGGGUCUGGUGCAACGAGAAGCAGCGCAGGAAACGCAAGAUGAUGGCCGGCAAGUGGAAGUUCCUGUCGGAAGGGGGCAAGAAGGGGAAGAGCAGACCCCGCAACAGAACGCCCAGGCACGUCGCCGGCACAUAGACCUGGCCCGGUUCCACACGCAUUGGAGGAUCUCCAGAGGCCAAACUUUAGACUAGGCUUUCAUGGGACAGCAAAGUAACCGUGCAUUCAGAAACAUUCCUCAGCUGGGGCUAUGACCCUCACUGCUCAAAACAUCAGGAGAAAAAUAUGGAACCAAAGGUCACCAAAGUCUUUUACUGUUACUCCAACCUUAACUCCAUCAACUAAGUUACCAUAUUAUUUUUGAAUCCACUGCAUCAUAUGAUCUCAUUUUUUUUUAUCAUGUUGAAAAGUAACAUUAAGAUCUGUGUAUUUAUAUAUGUUAUUUAAUAAUUCAUUAGAAAUUCAAUAGAGGGAUGGAUACAUCAAUUCAGUAAAUGACAGAGCAAGAUCUGAAUACCUUUAGUACAGCAGAGUGUAUCUUGUUCAAUGCCUGGUACGUGUCAGUACCAAGUCUUUGAUAGCAUCAGUCAAAGACGCGUAUUAGAUUAGGAAUGGAUGGGUAUCAAAGUGUGCACAGUACUGUCUUGGGGACAACUGGACACCCAACUUUUCUGGGCAAGAUUUGAUCCUUUAUAUUUUCACGAGUUCAUAAGUCAAUAGUGCAGAAAUAGGCCAUUUGGCCCAUUGAUUCUACUCCUCCAUUCAAUCAUGGCUGAUCUAUCUAUCCCACUCAACCCCAUUCUCCUGCCUUCACCCCGUAACUUUUGACUCCCUCGCGAAUCAAGAACCUAAGGCUUAUGGGCGGCACAGUGGCGUAGGGGUAGAAUUGCUGCCUUACCGCGCCAGAGACCCGGGUUCAAUCCUGACUACGGAUGCGUCUGUAU